AUGUCGGACACCAAGAGCUCUGGCGCAGGGCCGCAACACCCGCCCUCACAGCCCAAGAUGCAGCGAAUCUUGGCCUGCGUGAAUUGCCAGCAGCGCAAAGUCAAGUGCAAUCGCCAAUUUCCUUGUGCCAAUUGUCUCCGGCUCAAAACACAAUGUGUCCCGGCAACGCAGACACGCCCACGGAAGCGUCGAUUCCCCGAACGGGAGCUCCUAGGUCGUCUCCGCCAGUACGAAGAUCUACUUCGCCAGAAUAACGUACCGUUUGAUCCACUCCACAAAGAACAAGGGCCAACGGCAAAUGGGGAGGAUGACGAGUCGGAUGAUGAGCAGCUUGCAGACGCAGCUCCAUCUGCUUCCACUCCUUCCACAUCGCCCAAGGAUAUUUGGCGGGCUAUGAGCGGCGGGUUCCCAACUCCCAAUCCAGGUUAUGCGUUGACCGAAAGCGCUCCCGAGUCAGCGGUGAAAGUGUCGUGGGAUCAGUCGUUUCAAAGCGAUGACCAUAUUAUUCUGACUUCACGCAAAGAGCUUGUUGACAUCUCGACGCUCCAUCCAGAGCCAGUACACAUCUUUAGGCUCUGGCAAAUAUACCUUGAAAACGUAAAUCCCCUCUUAAUGGUCACGCAUCAUCCCAGUCUUCAAAGCAAAAUCAUCGAGGCGGCUUCCAAUACGUCAAACCUCAACGCCCAUCUCGAAGCCCUCAUGUUCAGCAUAUACAGCAUGGCCGUCGGGAGUCUCCCGGCGGCUGAAUGCGAAGCCCUCUUUGCUUUGUCAAGGGAUGAUCUUUUGACGAGGUAUCAGUUCGGCUGUCAACAAGCCCUCUUGAACUGCCGGUUCCUCCGAACUGAUAAUCGCGACUGCUUGACAGCAUAUCUUCUGUUUCUUGUAUCACUGCAUGCCAGAAUGCAUCCCCGGUCUCUAGGAUCAAUGUUAGCUAUUGCAGUGAGUAUCGCACAACGCAUGGGAAUACACAAUGAAUCAGAUCUCGCGCGGUGCACUCCCUUCGAAGCCGAGAUGCGACGAAGACUGUGGUGGGCACUUGUCUGCUUUGAUGCGCGCAUAGGCGAGCUCAGCGAGUCCAAAACAUCGAUACUCAACCCGACCUGGGACUGCCGAGUCCCUCUCAAUGUGAAUGAAUCCAGUCUCUGGCCAGAAAUGAAAGUGCCUCCUAGCCCUCGUGGAGAUGCCACUGAAACAAUGUUCAUUGUAACCCGCAGUGAGCAUGCGGAAUAUGUGCGAAAUGCUCCAUUCCACUGUGAAUUCAGCAAUCCGGCCAUGAAACUUCUCACCAAGUCAUACGGGGAAAUGAACACCUUUGAAAACAAAAUCCAUCACCAAUAUCUCCAGUUCUGCGAUGAGGGCAAUUCGCUUCAUUGCAUGGCUGUUUGGAUGUCCCAUGUACAGCUUUCCAAAAGUCAUCUAUUGGAAAGUUAUGCGAAGAACAUGGACGCUGCGAAACACCUGACAGGGUCCCAAAUCGAGUCUGGCAUCCAGCAUGCUUUUCGCAUGCUCGAGUGCGACACCAAAAUGUUGACGUCGUCUCUCACUAAAGGGUACACUUGGAUCAUCUCUUUCUACUUCCCCUUCCCUGCUUACGCGCACAUUGUACAAGAACUGGUAGCUCGACCUGCCGGGAAGCAUGCAGAACGAGCAUGGGAGAUUAUGAACAGCAAUUACGAGGCCCGGUUUGCUUCGGAGGAUACGCCGGUCGAUGGCCUUUUUGGAGUGUUCUCGGGCGUCGUGUUAAAGGCCUGGGAAGUUCUAGAAAAAGUUGCCAGUGAUGCAGGGGAGCAAAAGGCCCCUCCAAAGAUCGUGCGGAGUAUCAACCGAAGGAUUCACAAAUCUACACAGCGUGCAGCAAAUGCCCCUGCUGUGCCGAAUAAUGGAGUGGCCACCGAUCUGAGCACUACCCCCCAAUCUAUGCCAGUGGAUGGGAGUGAGUAUAUGUUCUACGGGAUGGGCGAGCCAUCGAACAUCCCAUGGGUAGAUCCCAGGAUGCUCGCAAACAUGGGGCCCGGUCAGCCAUCCGGGCCGGACAUGAGCCAUCUCAACUGGGCGUCGAUGGUCUGGGGGUUGCGUAAUGGCCGCGGGUGGUAA